AUGUGGAGGAUAAUAUUUUUUCUUGUAUUGGGCUAUAUCCCUCUUCAUUACUUGAACUAUGUUGUUUUGAAGGGAGAUGCGCCGUUCCUACCGUCGUUUGGAAUCGUGAUGUGCAUAGCUCUUUCUUCGUUUGGGACUUCAAAAGGAUACCAGGCAAUAGGGAGAUAUAUGAUAGGAGCUUCCAUAAAGACACCCCGUGUGGGAACCAGAGCCCUUCUAGGAAUCGUUAUCUGUGAGGCAAACUUCUUUUUUUGCCUGGUCAUGUCCAACCUACUACUAUCAAAGAUAGAAAAUGUUAAAUCAUAUGGAGGCCAAUUCAUAUUGUUUACUGCAGGGUUUAUAGCAGGUGCCUGUUCAUACUGCUCGUCUCUUGCAAGUGGAAUCAUCUGUGCUGCCAUUACAAUGAUGGAUGCUAAAGAUCCGACACUUUUUUACAAGCUGGUGUUUCUGGAGGUGAUUCCGGCAGGAAUAGGCAUUCUUGGACUAGUUCUUGGCCUCGUUCUGUCUGACAAGGCGGCAUGA